CUUUUGUAUUUCUCCAUGGCACAUUAGCGUUCCGUUGAUUCGUUCGUUCUUUUAUUUAAACCAUGGCCAACAGGACGGUAAAAGAUGCCAAUAGCGUACACGGAACAAACCCUCAGUAUCUUGUGGAGAAGAUUAUUCGGACUCGUAUUUAUGAGUCUAAGUACUGGAAAGAGGAAUGUUUUGGACUUACAGCUGAACUUGUUGUGGACAAAGCAAUGGAGCUGAAGUUUGUUGGUGGGGUAUAUGGAGGAAACGUGAAGCCGACUCCAUUCCUGUGUCUAACCCUAAAGAUGCUGCAGAUCCAGCCUGAAAAGGACAUCAUUGUGGAAUUUAUCAAGAACGAAGACUUUAAGUAUGUGCGUUUGCUUGGAGCAAUGUAUAUGCGCCUGACUGGAACGUCUGUGGAUUGCUACAAAUAUUUAGAACCAUUAUACAAUGACUACAGAAAAAUCAAAAGCCAGAAUAGAAAUGGAGAGUUUGAGUUGAUGCAUGUGGAUGAGUUCAUAGAUGAGCUUCUGCAUGCAGAGCGUAUGUGUGACAUCAUUCUCCCCAGACUUCAGAAGAGACAAGUGUUGGAAGAAGCUGAGCUGUUGGAUCCUCGUAUUAGUGCCCUUGAAGAAGACCUGGAUGAGGUGGAGACCAGUGAGGAGGAGGAUGAGGAAGACGAGAAGCCGGAGAGAAUGCAGUCACCAGAGCCACACAGAAGAAGUUAUAGAGAUAUGGACCGGCCUCGCAGGUCUCCAUCUCCACGAUACAGACGCAGCCGCUCACCCAGAAGACGGAGCAGAUCGCCUAAAAGACGAAGCCCAUCACCCAGACGUGAAAGAGAUCGCGAUAGACACCGCAGCAAAAGUCCUCGUAGGCACCGCAGUAGAUCUCGAGAGAGAAGGCAUCGCUCCAAAUCUCCAGGUCACCACAGAAGUCACCGACAUCGCAGUCAUUCUAAGUCCCCAGAAAGUCGGUCAAAGAAGAGCCACAAGAGAAGUCGAAGAGGAAACGAGUGAUCUCAGAUUUUCUUUUUUAAUAGAUCUUUUUUUUUUAAACAGCCAUUUCUGUUGUAAAAAAGCUUGACCUUACUCUCUGUAAAUCACUGAGGCCCAAUUUAGUCCUCAUAAUAUUUUGAUGCUUUUUUUUUUUUUACAUGCAAUUGAAAUUUACAACCAGGUUAUUGUUCAUCCUAAAUUAACUGUACUGUGCAAAAUAAACUUUUGAUGUAUUAUA